AUGGACAACAAAAACGACGAUCCAAACGUUCCUGAAAAAACAAUAUUCUCUGUUAUUGCACAAGGAGAUUUGACGGAAUUUAAGAAUAUACUUGCUCAACACAAGGGCAGUGUCGAUUUUUUAGACGAAAAUGGUAUGACUGCCCUCCAGCACGCUGCAUAUAAGGGGUGCAAGGAUAUGGUACAAUUGCUUCUUGAUAGGGGUGCGGAUGUCAAUUGUGGUAACCACGAGUACAAUUAUACGGCGCUACAUUUUGGCGCGUUAUCGGGGAAUUCAGAAGUAUGUAAGCUCCUGUUAGAUGCGGGGUCUAAACCCAAUUCUACAAAUUCUGUUGGGCGCACGGCAGCUCAGAUGGCGGCUUUUGUAGGAAACCAUCAUACUGUGGCAACUAUUAACAACUUCAUACCUCGUACUGAAAUAUCUUACUUUUCAACUCCUCAAGGUCAACAGACUGAACCCUAUCUACCAGCUUUACUUGUUGAACCUCUGCAUAAAUUUGUUCUAGGUGUCAAUAUUCAUCCAGUAAGAUUAGCUCUUAACUUACAACAUGCUUCCUGUCUGUUAGACAAUGCUGAGAAGGUAAGCAAGGUCCUUGAGAUGCUUUGUAAAAAGGAAAUGACAAGGGGCAGUGAAACCAAUGAAGUGAUGGCAUUUAAAUAUCACUACCUUGCAUAUAUUUUAAAAGAAAUUAGUAAUAUCCGUGAUAAACAAAAACCUAUCUCUGAGAGUGAAAAGAAGCAUGAUAUAGUAGAAAUUUUUACUAAAAAGCUCUUAAAACCAGGAAAGGAUGGAUAUUCAUUAGAUUUGAUGGAUGCAUUCCUUAAAGAUUGUGUUCGGGAGUUUCCAUACAGAGAAUGUACAACAUUUCAUCAGAUGGUUACUUCUUUGACAAGUAAAGCCCCACCACCUGCCUUUUCAGUGAUUAAUUGUACUAUCAAUGGCCAGCGAGGAUUUAUUGACACUGUUCCUUAUUGUAGUACUUGUGGUGAAGAAACGCCAGCAAAAAAAUGUUCCAAAUGUAAAACAGUGCAAUAUUGUGAUAGAGAAUGCCAGCGUUUGCAUUGGUUUGUGCAUAAAAAAGCGUGCAAUAGGGAAUCUAAUGUGCAAGCACCUAAUGCCAAAGUGAAUAUAGACCCUUCAGAGUUAACUGCUGAAUUACAAAACCUUGUAGCCGGAUAG